CUUAAAAGCUCCCCGAUAGAAUGCGCGACCUCGUGGGGCCCCCGCCGUGUGCUACGAGAGAUUCCGCGAAAUUCGGUGCUGCCCCAGAGCUGUUGGCGCAAAAGUGUUUUACAUUUACAUUCAACAUUUGUACCUGUGCUAGUCGCUCGAACGCGGGUGUUCCCGAAGACUGAUGAGCAUAGUUACUACUGUUUGAGCUACAUGCUUCAAUCAUGAGUAACGUAGCGACUAUAAAGCUGGAAGACGGACAAGAAUCCGUUACCGAGAUACAAACUUACUUGGAGACAUUCAACAAGGAGAUAGAGGGAGGACAGGGUGAACAGCUGCAACAUGUGCAAUUGCAACAAGUGGAAGGAUUGUCCGGCGGAGAAGAGGGCGGGACCUACUUCGUCGAUCAGUCUGGUCAAUAUUAUUACCAGGCGAACAGCGACGAACCACCUGUGAUGACGCAAGUACAGAUACAGGAGGUGGAGGAGACCGACGUGCAGAACGAAGGCGAGGAAACCCAGGACGAGCAGUAUCAGGAGAUUGAAGAGCUUGAGAAUGCCGAGGGCGAUGAGGAUGAACAAGUCAACGGUGAAAACAAUCAAGUUGUCAUCAAUUCCGGCGAUGCAUAUCAAACCGUCACAAUUGUUCCAUCCGAUACAAAUCCCGGGGAAGUUAGUUACGUGCUGAUAGUUCAGCAACCCGAGUCCGAAGAGAAAGAGAGCAAGUCCACGGUGGACGAAGCGACGAGUGUGGCAGCGGCGACAGCUGCGGCCACUGGAGAGGGAGAGGAAGCGGAAGGUGAACAGGAUCUCACUGUAUACGAUUUUGAGGAUAACGAAGACAAUGAAGCUCCGGUGGAAUCUGAGGCGGAAGAUGACAAGACUAAAAUUAUCAAGUUUAUCCCAAAGAAAUCUCAGACCGUUACGCAGGCUCAUAUGUGCAAUUACUGCAACUAUACCAGCCCGAAACGAUAUCUUUUAUCACGGCACAUGAAAUCCCACUCGGAAGAAAGACCACAUAAAUGUAGUGUGUGUGAACGAGGAUUUAAAACUCUGGCCUCGCUUCAGAAUCAUGUAAACACUCAUACUGGGACCAAACCCCACCAUUGCAAAUAUUGCGAGAGUGCAUUUACAACUUCUGGUGAACUAGUGAGACACGUUCGUUACAGACAUACCCAUGAAAAACCACACAAAUGUCACGAAUGCGAUUAUGCAUCUGUUGAGUUAUCAAAACUAAAGAGACAUAUUAGAUGUCACACAGGCGAACGACCCUAUCAGUGUCCACACUGUACAUACGCAAGUCCGGAUACAUUUAAACUUAAACGCCAUCUUCGCAUUCACACUGGAGAGAAACCAUAUGAAUGUGAUUUUUGUCAAGCGAGAUUUACUCAAUCUAACAGUUUGAAAGCACACAAAUUAAUACAUAAUGUUGGCGAUAAACCAAUAUUUCAGUGCGAGUUGUGUCCAGCUACAUGUGGCAGAAAAACGGAUCUCCGAAUUCAUGUGCAAAAGUUACACACUUCUGAUAAGCCGCUAAAGUGCAAGCGUUGCGGAAAGACAUUCCCGGACAGAUAUAGCUAUAAGUUACACAGCAAAACGCACGAAGGAGAGAAGUGUUACAAGUGCGAUCUAUGUCCGUAUGCGUCUAUAUCGGCGCGUCAUUUGGAAAGCCAUAUGCUUAUUCAUACCGAUCAGAAGCCGUAUCAAUGUGAUCACUGCUUUCAAUCAUUCAGACAAAAACAGCUGCUCAAACGACAUUGCAAUCUUUAUCAUAAUCCCUCCUACAUUCCUCCACCACCACAGGAAAAAACGCAUCAGUGUCCCGAAUGCGAGAGGGCAUUUAGACAUAAAGGUAAUCUUAUUCGACACAUGGCCGUCCACGACCCGGAAUCGUCUUUGCAAGAAAAACAGCAAGCUCUCAAAAUCGGCAGACAGAAGAAGAUUCAAAUCAUUGACGGCCAACGUGUUGAAGUAAUGACAGGUAAUUUAACUUCUACACUUAAAGGUUAUGAAGAUGAAGAAGAGGAGGAAGAUGAAGAUGACAUGAUGGCGGUGCAAGGCAGUGAUGGACAGCAGUAUGUCGUGCUAGAAGUCAUUCAGUUAGCCGACAAUCAAGGGACUGAUCAGAUGGCUGUUGUUGCGAGUGAAGAUGGAGAAUUGGUGAUGCAAGAUCCUUUAACUCAAGAUAAUAGCAUAGUACCAGGAACAGGGGAAGACAUUGAUGAAGUUGAAGAGGAAGAUUUAGAAAUGCAAGAUCUAAAGGUAGAACCUUCUACUCCAAAACCAUCACAGAACACACAAAGCGAUUCAAAAUUGCAAAAAGAAAUGGAAACCUGUUUCGGAUUUGAUGAGGAAGAAGAAGAGGAAGAAGAAGAAAGCGAUAAUAUAAACAUGCUACAGACAAUUUCGUAAUAACAAGUAUAAAAGAAAAAUGUACCUAUUCAAUAGUCCAAUGUUUCACUUCUGUCCCAGUGUUAGUGUAAUAUCCUAAAAAAACAAAAUAAGGAAAAUUAGACAAUAAGAGCCAAACUCGGCACUUGACAAUUUUCCUUAUUUAGAUUGUACAUCUUAUUAUAAUUAAUUUUUAACACAAAAAAUUAAUAAGAUCGAAGAAAUUAUAUAUAUAUUGUGUAUAAUACAACUGAAUGCAUUGUUAUUGUCUAAAGAUACUUUGCGUAACUCUAGUAGGGAGCUGCAGUGUGAUCCACAUGCAUGGUACAAGAACUUUUUUUGCCGUUAGUGCAUUAGGUACACAUAAUAAUUUAUGAAAAUAUUGUAGUUUUGUGGUGUAGCAAAAAUCAAGCAAAUGUACAAUUAUUAUAGUGUAAAAUAUGAUUUACGUUAUUGUCAAAAAAACUGAAAACUUCUUAAUGACAUUAAUACAGUUAGAUAAGAUUGCAUAUGUUAAUUAUAAGGAAAUCUAUUAGUAUCUUGGCAUAAUAUUUUUAAACAAGUUUAUUUAUAACUUCGACGUAGAAGCUCGUGAUGACUUUUACUAGAUGUGUGCAACUAACAUUAAUAUCGAAGGGAUAAGAUUUAGACGUAAAAUUAAGGUAAAAUACAAGUAACAUUAAAGCAAAGGUUACAAUGUAAAUAAAUGUUUAUCUUCAUAUCUCGAUUAAGAGACUUAAAAUUUCAGCAUAAGCAGGUGGUAUCAAGAGAGUAUGCGAUGUGUUUAACUGUCAAAGGUAUUUUAUAUUAUUCACGGUUAUUUUUUCCUAAGUUAAAAGGUCGGAAAGUAAUAGACAGAAUGGUGAAUUGUAAAUUAUAGUAUGUAUUGGUUUCAUAGUAAUACAUAUUAUGUGAACAAAUUUUUAUUUGUAACAGAAAAAAAUGAACGUUUUGUCAAAAGAAGAGUCAAUGUAAUUUAUUUCGUGCUUUUUGAUCAAAAUGUCCUAUUUACAGCUGUAAUCAGAGAAUAGCUUGUCUGUAACAUUUUUCGUUAAAUUUCUGUAUUCUUAUUAUUUUUACUAUAGCAUAUUAAAAGAUGAGAGGUAAUAGAGAAGUGGAGAGAGAGAGAGAGAGUUUCAAUAAUUAUAUUUAUUAAACGUAAUUAUUGAAACUCUUAACUUAAAAUAUUUUUUAAUAGCACUGUUCGAGUUAAGAGUACUACAAAAUUAAGUCAAAAGUUAUUUCACAUCUUAUCCUAAGGAAUCUUUAAUAUACUAAAUACAUAUAAAUGUUUAAUCACAACCUCGCACGUAGCGGUUCCAGUUAAAUUUAGGGCAUGAUGGUACUCUAAACAAAACCAAGCAUUGUUUAGCAUUGUAUUUGCUGAAAAAUAAAUACUUCAUAUACUCUAUCAUUUUAGAAUAAGUUAUGUAGAAACAAAAUUGACGAAACUGUGAAUUUUUUUCUGCAAGAAAUCGCGUGUUCAUAUUUUUUUGUUACGAACUGGAAAGAUAAUGUUUGUUCAGUAAAAUCGAUAGCAUAUGCUGUAUUAAAGUGCUAUGUCAUACAUAUAUAUAUCUUCAUGAAUACAUCGGAGUGAAGAAAAAUGUAUAAUUAAUGCUCGUACAAUGUUGCUCAUAAAAUACGUUAUCCGCUUAUCCGGUAGGCGAAGUGAUCAUUGUAAAAAGUAUGUACAAUUUUUUUUACACGAAUUGUACAAUUGUAAUUUAGUGAUCAAUUAUUGUAUGCACUUAAAAUUCUGCACUUUCUUACAUUAUCCCAAAGAAAAAAAAACAGUGUAACGUUCUCUCGAUAAUAAACAUUACCUUGUCGACAA